ACUACGGGUGCGCGCGCAUGUCGGGUGGCGGGAAGCCUCCAAGUGCAAGUUAAGGCGCGUGUCGGCGGCGCCCGACCAUGGGCUCGGAGCGCGCGGGCCCCGCUCGCUCGCGGACGCUGUUCCUGCAGGACGACGGCAGCGCCAUGCGCUUCUACGUACGGCCCGGGCCCGCCAAGCUGCAGCUCGCGCCGCUGAUCCUGGCGGGCGGCGGGCGCCUUUGCCGCGUGCAGGAGCCGGGCGCGGUGCUGCUGGCCCAGCCCGACGAGCGGGGGGCCACGGGCAACUUCGUCUCCACCGAGUACGUGCGGCGCUGUGUGGAGAGGAACGAGCGGCUGCCGCUUGAGCACUACCGGCUGGCGGCUGAGCAGGCCCCGGUCCCGGCCGGAGCCCCGGCCGGCCGCUCUGCCUUCACGGGCUCCGAGGACGAGGCCAUCCUGCUGCACGUGCGGGACCGGGCGCAGGGCAGCGUCACCGGCACCGCGCUCUGGAAGGAGAUGGAGCGGGCCCGGCUGACGCCGCACUCUUGGCAGGCCAUGCGAGACCGCUACCUGCGGCACCUGCGGGGCCAGGAGCACAAGUACCUGCUGGGCGGGCCCGGCUCCGCGCCGCCCCGCAGCCUCGCCAGGAGCGCCCGGCAGCCGGCGGAUAGCGAGUCCUGGAGGAAGGAAGUAGCCGAUGUACCCCAAGGAAUGGUUCAAGACCAAUUAACAAAAGGGGGUAGCCUUUUCCAGCUGGCUAACAAAGAAUUUGAAGGCAGUGAGUCAGAAAAUGAGACCUCUGACCUUCAGGAAGAAAAUCCUGCAAAAGAUGAAGAGCUGAAGUCCCCUGAAAAAGUCUCCAGUCAGAAAAUGGAACUGAAAGAAUUGGUAACUGCAGAGGACUCUGCUAUAAAUGAAACUGAGCCUCAAGAGGAGGAAAAGCCCAUAAGGUCUUGCCCUUCCCCCACUGAGGUGGCAGAUGCAGUGAAGACAGUACAGCAUUUCAUGGAGGAAUUCAGCAUGGACCUCUCAACUGUUACACAAGCCUUUCUGAAAAACAGUGGUGAAGUGGAGGCCACUUCCUACUUCUUACAUAGCAGUCAGCGCUUGGAUGGAUACCCUAUAUGGACCAGACAGGAUGAUUUAGAUUUGCAAGAAGCAGAUGAAAAUGUCAGAAGCAAAUUAAUAGAAAAAUUUGGAGCUCAGAAUGUGGUAAAGCGGGUUGCAUUCAGGAAGAGUUAGAUAGUAACUUGUGAAGGAUGGUUCAUGGACUGGGACCCUCACAGGAGAGCAGGAGAUGAGACUUGCAUCUCUGACCGUCAUGGAAGAAAGGGUGAGGAUUUGUAGAUGUUCUGAAGCCUCUAGGAUAGCCACCUGCAAUCUCAUUUCAUACAGAAAAAUCUGGCAUCGAAAAUUAAAAGACCUCUGUGCCAAACAGUUUAUCCUUUCCAUCAUUUUCUGUAAACUUUUCCCUUGAGUUUCCGUAUUUAUGCAAGGCCUUGUUUUAUAUUUGGGGGUUUUUUGUACUGAGUACCCCACUGAUAAAUCUAAAACUAAAAUAUUGGGUGAAGAUGAGAGCUCCUUAAUCUCUUCAGAGCCAAAUGGCUGAGCAGUGGAAAUCUGCUUUUUCCUAUACACAGUGGGGUGGGGAGAGUCUGCACAUUGGUCCGUUGAGAUGGGAUGAUACAUGAACAUGCAUUUCAGCAUAUUUUAAUUGGCAUUAAGGUGGGAAGGUGUGCCUCAUUAUACAAACAAAAACAGCAUCACCCUCUUGCACCUGUAAGGCUUCCCUGGGGUCAGAGGCAGACAAACCUCUCUCUUCUAGGUCAAAGUAAACAGGCUUAUGUGAUGACAAGACUUGCCUUGGGGUUACAGAGCAAGCAUCUUGAUUCUCCUUUAUGCUCCAGACUUCUGUACCCUUCAGCGGUCUUAUAACCCUGUACAUUCUGUAAGACUCUCUAGCAUUGCUGCAUGUAGCAGCUGCUAAGCCACCAGUCCUUCCUAACAGAUGGCAUGAUUGUCUAGUCUCAGGAUGGGUUUUAAGCUCAUUGUUUCCAAGCCUUUGGAGGGAGGAAUAGGUUCCACUGCAGAGUGCAGGUAUUGAAUAUAUUUAUAUCAUAUAAAAUUACACUUUCUAGUAGGGAGUUUAAUCUAGUAUGUGAUACAAAUGCUAGCUAAGGAUUGAAACUUUUUCUGAUCACUAGUACCUGACCAAAGCUUGGAAGGGCUUAAACACAGCUAGUAAGGGUCCCGCUAAAGUCUUUCUAGUCUGUCUCUGCCUGUUGUGCUCUGGUUUUGUUUUAAGUUGAAUUGGUAGUUAGCAAAUGUGGGAAUAUAUUAUUUUUAAAUUCAGUUGUAACUUGGUGGGGAGAGAAUAUCCCUCCAAUUCAACACUGUUACAUGAGCAGACCUUGCUAGAGAAAUGUUAUACAUGCACCCACUAAAAUGCCAGUAGCAUGUUUUUACCUCUGCAAAGUGCUCUAAGACCUGUUGGUUAACAAAAUGGCAAGAGUGCAAUGAUGUGGAUGCUAAAUUAAAACCUUUCAAAGUGGUUUUUCUAGAUUUUUAUGGAAGAGGCAAGUAUUUAGGUGGAGGUCCCAAGCUAGUGAGGCAAAUAAUGUAAUAAGAUUAAAAAGGAUUAAACACUUUUUACAUGAGUAGCAGCAGUAGUUACCAGAUAGGUUUAAGUUUCAAGGACUAUUGAGUAUCAAAACUACAUUAAGUUCAAUUACUCAGUGCAGCCAAGAAAUUCCUUCACUUCACCUAUAACAUUUAGUCAAAUGCAUUAUGAGAUUUCAUGUUAUAUGAAGUACCUUUAAGUUAUAUUAGUUAAAUAUAAGUGUGUAUAAAUGUAAAAAUAUUUAGGCAUAAAGCAAAUAGAGGAAACAAUAUGUAUGCCUUGCCUUCUGCCUGGAUGUCAAGUGGAUGCAUGAUUAAGAGUGGGUUUCUGUUUUCAGGAUAUGGAACAAACCCUGCCAUACAGGAUAUUUAGCCCUUGUGUAGUAUUUUCACCUUUAAAUGUGCGUACAAAGAUUACUCCUAACACUGGGGCUAGAAGGCAUCUAUUACCUUGAAUCAUAGUUCAGCACUUGUACAUAUUCUACUCAAAUGUAGUUUUCCUAUUUAUAGAAACAGUAUUAAAAAGCAUGAUAGGAAGUGAACAUGUUCGGGAGGAUGCAGCCCUCCUUUUUCCAUCUGUUUAAAACUUAAUUACAAUAUGCACUAUUUAAACUAGAGGGGCACACAUUUUUGCCUCGGUAGGCUGAGCAAAUUGCACACACUAGGGUCUCCUUGCCUCCUUCCAUCCCCACACACACUCUGAGUGCCUUCCUUCUAGGGACUCCCUGCAAGCCCCACAGGCCAGAAGCUUUCCCCCC